AAUAUCCCUCCAUUACCAUUACUGCUCCCUUCCAUCUCCCUCCCAACUUCUCCUCCCCUUCGUCUCCAGUUCCGACUUGUUCAGUUCUUCUUCCUCGCGCCGCCGACUCCAGCCGCUCCCCGCUCGCCUCCGAUCACGAGCCCUUCCCCGUCAAUGGUCGCCGGCGGCUGGCGUAAACCCCCGACGGACUCGUGAGAGGAUCGCCUCUCGGUCCUCGCCAUGGGUCCGGCGCCCGGCGACUCGAAGCGGUUCUCCGGCGUGGUGCCGCCGGCCGCGCUCGUCUUCCUGGCCCUGGUGUUCGUCGCCGGCGCCAUCGUCACGCUCCAUCACAAGGAGAGCCUGUCGAUACUGCAGGUGCAGCCAAGAGAGCUGGCCGCUAACGAGGAGUCGUCGUUCAGGUCCGCGCCUCCGGUGAGCGAUCUGCGCGUCGCCAGCGACGACGUGGCCGAGACGCCGUCGGUGGAACAGGCGACGCCACCGGUGGAGCAGACGACGACGCCGGUGGAGCAAACGACGCCGCCGGUGGAACAGGCGACGACGUCGGUUGAGCAAACGACGCCGCCGGUGGAAGAAGCCCCUGACAUCUGCGAGAACCAGUGCAGGCCUCCGGGCAGCGAGGCGCUGCCGAGGGGCAUCGUGCAGGACAAGUCCAACUUCGAGUUCGAGUCGCUGGGCGGCAACCCCGGGCGGAAGGGGGCCGCCGCCGGCCGGCCGGCGAAGAGCCUCCUGGCGAUCCCCGUCGGCAUCAAGCAGAAGGCCGUCGUCGACAAGCUCGUCUCCAAGUUCCCGGCGGCGAACUUCGCGGUGAUGCUGUUCCACUACGACGGCGCGGUGGACGGGUGGGGCGACCUGCCGUGGUCGCGCCGCGCGGUGCACGUGGCGGCCGUGGACCAGACCAAGUGGUGGUUCGGCAAGCGGUUCCUGCACCCGGACCUCGUCGCCGACUACGACUACAUCUUCCUCUGGGACGAGGACAUCGAGGUGGACGGCUUCGACCCCAUGAGGUACCUCAGGAUCGUCAGGAAGGAGGGGCUCGAGAUCUCGCAGCCGGCGCUGGACCACCGGUCGCAGAUCCACCACCGGCUCACGGCCCGCGCGCGCCGCGGCGGGACGGUGCACCGGCGGUUCUACAAGACGGCCGGCGGCGGGAGGUGCUACGGCAACAGCACGGGGCCGCCGUGCACGGGGUGGGUGGAGAUGAUGGUGCCGGUGUUCUCGCGCGCGGCGUGGCGGUGCGCGUGGCGGAUGAUCCAGAACGACCUCGUCUUCGCCUGGGGGCUCGACUUCAAGCUCGGGUACUGCGCGCAGGGCGACCGGAGCUCGAACGUCGGCAUCGUCGACAGCGAGUACGUGCUCCACCGCGGCAUCCCCACGCUGGGCGACGGCGGCGGCAAGGGGCCGGCGCCGAAGGCGAAGGCGUCGUCGGCGACGUCGGCGGACAGGUACGCGGUGCGGCUGCGAUCGUAUAAGGAGCUGCAGAUAUUCAACAAGAGGUGGAACGAGGCGGUGGCGGAGGACAUGUGCUGGACGGACCCUUACCCGCAGCCGCCGACGGCGACGCCCAAGGGAUGACCCACGGUGACCCGCCGCCGGCGAUGGCCUUUGCGGUUGAGUAGAUGACAUAGAAGAUACAUCAAAAUUUACAGGUCUAGAGAGCUUCUGAUAACAUGUCAUGUACAGAUCUCUUUCUCCCGGGCCAAUAAGUAAGAUAGGUUCAAAGACGAUGUAAUUAUCAUAAUUUUCGGUAAAAAAGGUGGAUUAAUGAA